GACGCGACGACGACGUGAACAUGCUUGUGAACUUUUUCUGAUACAAGCGCAGAGUAUACAAGUUAGUUUCACGGUACUCGUUGGUUUUGAUUGCCAUUCAGAGACUGCGAGCGCUUCAGUAUCGUCGCACAAUAGCUUUUGCAAAAGUGAUAAAAAUGAGUCCGACGACAUCAACGCUCACGCGUGUUGAUAAGCCAAAUGAGCUCUUUUCACGCUCCGAAGUCGAGCAAAUAUUAAGCAAUAUAAUGAACUCAAAUGUAGCGGCUUCGUUGUUGGAAUAUAAUGUGUCGCCAGAAUGUGGACCAACUGGUUACUUAGGCGAAUAUUUUCAUUUGGAAUUAAAAUACAAAUUUCUAGAGUUAAAUGAUGCAAUUCAAACAACGCGUGUGUUCGUUAAAUCCUUGCCUUAUCAAAAUCCUAAGAUGACAGCAUUUAUUGAAGCUUGUGGCAUGCUUACCAAAGAGGCAGCGAUCUACGAGCAACUCUUAAAUGAGUUAAGAAAAUUGACACCGUCGGUCUGGUGCGCUCAGUGCUACUUUACCCGCAGAGAUCUGUUUGUCAUGCAAAAUAUUGUCGAUAUGGGUUAUGAGCCACUGUUGGACCCCGCGGAAUUUCUCACACAAGCACAGAUGGACGUGCUAUUGAAAAGCUUAGCCAUCAUGCAUGCUUAUAGUAUCACAUACGAAACGCGAAAUCAAGUCAAUAUCGGAGAGCAGCUACACGAUGUGCUCAGAGAGAUGACAGUUACACCAGAUGUGGUUUUUUAUACCGCGGGAGUGAGGGCCAUCUUAGCUGUUGCCCGCGUCCAUCCCGUUUACCAAAGCGAGACGUUGCAGAAGUUUAUUGCCGAAGAGCUGCCGCUACACAUGGACAGCGUAUACGAAAUGGUAAAUCCAUCCAAGAAAUAUCGGAAUGUUUUUUGCCAUCGCGAUCUCUGGGGUGGCAAUUUCUUUUUUAAUAAAUCGAAACCCGCUACAGAACCGGUCGUGCUCGUAGAUUACCAACUGGCGCGCUAUAGUGCACCUGCGAUCGAUGUGCUCAUGGCCGUGUAUAUGAAUAUAACACCACAACAACGAAAAACGAUGAAAGACUGGUGCUAUGAUAGCUACUAUAAUUACUUCGCUGAGGAGCUAAAGCAACAGGGUCUAACGGCAGCGGAGCAAAUUAGUCGGAGCGAACUUGAGCAGUCGCUGAAAGAGUUGGAGCUCUUUGGCGCACUAUACAACUGCAUAUCAGCGACGAUACUGCGAGUACCGGGAGAUUACUUAAAAGAUUUGAAGUUGAAUCAUCCGGACGCUUUCCAUCGCUAUACAAAUGUAGAUCGAGUGGCAGAGGUGCUUGAGCUGCUUAAAAUCGAUAAGGCAUUCCGAGAUUAUAUUUUUGAGUGUGUUGAUGAAAUGAUACGUUUGUUGUUGCUGUAGCAAGUGAUGUAAAUAAGAAUAUAUGUAAUAUCAUAAAUUUAAUAAAAAUUAAAAA